ACAUUGUAUGCUUCGCGAUGCGCAUGUGCGCCGCUAACUCAUUUCUUGCGGAGCUUCAACGAUAGUCCACUGGACUCGAGUGGGUUUAAAACACAUGAACAUCUAAUAUCUGAUCCACACCUUCAAACCCCAGCCCACAGGUCUUGAUCUAUGGAUGCUUAAGUCCCGAUCUAUGGAUGUUUAGGUUGUUGCUGGAAGACGGAAGUCGUGCACCAUUCCUCUGUUCUCUCAGCUCUUAGGUGUUUCUUCAGGAGGGAAACUUUGCGAGCUUUUACCCGAUCGGCGCAUGAUUUCUUCAUAACCUGAUACACGCAUAUCAACUAAAGAAACGCUGAAAGGAGUCUCACAAGAAUGUCUGGCAUUGCACUGAGCCGCCUUGCCCAGGAGCGCAAGGCCUGGCGGAAAGACCAUCCUUUUGGGUUUGUAGCCGUACCAACCAAAAACCCAGAUGGGACGAUGAACCUGAUGAAUUGGGAGUGCGCCAUUCCUGGCAAGAAAGGGACGCCCUGGGAAGGCGGGCUCUUCAAGCUGCGUAUGUUAUUCAAAGACGACUACCCCUCCUCACCGCCCAAAUGUAAAUUUGAGCCCCCCCUGUUCCACCCCAACGUCUACCCGUCGGGGACAGUGUGCCUCUCGAUCCUAGAGGAGGACAAGGACUGGAGGCCGGCCAUCACCAUAAAGCAGAUCUUGUUAGGCAUCCAAGAACUGCUAAACGAGCCAAACAUCCAAGACCCAGCCCAAGCAGAGGCCUACACGAUCUACUGCCAGAACCGAGUGGAGUAUGAGAAGCGGGUGCGAGCACAAGCCAAGAAGUUCUCCCCGUCAUAGAGGCCUCAGACGGGGGCCUCGGACGGGGGCCUCAGACGGGGGCCUCAGACGGGGGCCUCGGACGGGGGCCACUGGAGGGCCACAUUCGAGGGCCGCUGCUGUUACUGAAUGUGCUCCUACCACAUCUGGACUCAAGGACUUCCCUCGAGCUGGGACGCCCCCCUGGGGGACCCCCCCCAGGGGCUGGGGGGGGUCCCCUGGCUCUCUUCCUUCAUGGUUUAUUUCUCUGCGGUCUCAUCAACGUGUCGGAGUACGGCGGUCCCAGGAGAGCGUCUGCGUCCCGGGAGACUUCAGGCUUGUAGUUUUUUGCUUUUGUUUCACAGGGUCUGUUCCUUACCCCCCCCCCCCCCCCCCCCCCCCUCCCUGUAUAUUCCAGGAUUUUAAUGUAAAAUUUGCUAUUACUUCAUUGUCAGUAUUCCGACUGCUGUAUAAUGAAUGGCACUUUUAUACUGUGGUAUGUCGCUAGUGUCUCCAGGGGGCGCUGUGGACUCUGGGCAGGUUUUCUAUUCAGCAUGCUGUAAUAUAAGAUAGAAUCUGCUGCCUUGUCUUUUGUUACGGAGUGUUGCUCUGUAGCAGACUCUAUGUUUAUAUGGUGCUUUGUUCAUGUACGUGUUGGAGUAAAUAAACUGUUUCUACAAAGUUA